CCACCUCCCCGUCUAAUGCUGAGCUCAGUGUGCGUUUGCUCGUCCCGCGGGCGCCUAGGGGCCGAGGAGCAGCAGCUGCAACCGGCACCAACGCCGCAGCCGCCCGAGUCUCCGCCGCCGCCGCUGCAGAAGCAGUGCGCGCAACCCGGCCCCGCCGCGUCCCAGGCGGGUACCCCGCUUUCCUGCGGGCCCGGGGGCCAGCGCGCCGAGCCAUGCCCCGGGCUGCCGGCGGUGGCCAUGGGGCGGCACGGCGGCGGCGGCGGCGACAGCGGUAAGAUCGUGAUCAACGUGGGCGGCGUGCGCCAUGAGACGUACCGCUCCACGUUGCGCACCCUGCCGGGGACCCGGCUGGCCGGGCUGACUGAGCCCGAGGCGGCCGCGCGCUUCGACUACGAUCCGGGUACGGACGAGUUCUUCUUCGACCGCCACCCCGGCGUCUUCGCCUACGUGCUCAACUACUACCGCACCGGCAAGCUGCACUGCCCGGCCGACGUGUGCGGUCCGCUCUUUGAGGAGGAGCUAGGCUUCUGGGGCAUCGACGAGACGGACGUGGAGGCCUGCUGCUGGAUGACCUACCGCCAGCAUCGCGACGCAGAGGAGGCACUUGACUCCUUCGAGGCCCCCGACUCCUCCGGCGCAGCCAACUCCGCCAACGCGGGAGGUGCCCACGAUGCAGGCCUGGACGACGAGGCGGGCGCCGGAGGCGGAGGGCUGGACGGAGCAGGCGGCGAGCUCAAGCGUCUGUGCUUCCAAGAUGCGGGCGGAGGCGCCGGGGGACCUGCUGGGGGCGCGGGCGGCGCGGGCGGCACGUGGUGGCGGCGCUGGCAGCCCCGCGUGUGGGCGCUAUUCGAGGACCCCUACUCGUCGCGGGCCGCCAGGUAUGUGGCCUUUGCCUCCCUAUUUUUCAUCCUCAUCUCCAUCACCACCUUCUGCCUGGAGACACACGAGGGCUUCAUCCACAUCAGCAACAAGACUGUGACGCAGGCCUCCCCAAUCCCUGGGGCUCCCCCAGAGAACAUCACCAAUGUGGAGGUGGAGACAGAACCCUUCUUGACCUACGUGGAAGGCGUGUGUGUGGUCUGGUUCACCUUUGAGUUUCUCAUGCGAGUCACCUUCUGCCCGGAUAAGGUGGAGUUUCUCAAGAGCAGUCUGAACAUUAUCGACUGUGUGGCCAUCUUGCCCUUCUACUUGGAGGUGGGCCUCUCAGGCCUUAGCUCCAAAGCUGCCAAGGACGUGCUGGGCUUCCUACGCGUUGUCCGCUUUGUUCGCAUCCUGCGUAUCUUCAAGCUGACCCGUCACUUUGUAGGCCUGCGUGUGCUGGGCCACACACUCCGGGCCAGCACCAACGAGUUCUUGUUGCUCAUUAUCUUCCUGGCUCUGGGGGUCCUCAUCUUUGCCACCAUGAUCUACUAUGCUGAGCGAAUUGGUGCCGACCCUGAUGACAUCCUGGGCUCCAACCACACCUACUUCAAGAACAUCCCCAUUGGCUUCUGGUGGGCUGUGGUCACCAUGACCACCCUGGGCUAUGGAGACAUGUAUCCCAAGACGUGGUCUGGGAUGCUGGUUGGGGCGCUGUGUGCCCUGGCCGGUGUGCUGACCAUUGCCAUGCCUGUGCCCGUUAUUGUCAACAACUUCGGCAUGUACUAUUCACUGGCUAUGGCCAAGCAGAAAUUGCCAAAGAAGAAAAACAAACACAUCCCCAGGCCUCCACAGCCUGGCUCACCCAACUACUGCAAGCCUGACCCCCCGCCUCCACCCCCACCACACCCCCACCAUGGCAGCGGUGGCAUCAGCCCACCACCACCCAUCACCCCUCCUUCCAUGGGGGUGACUGUGGCUGGGGCCUACCCACCUGGACCCCACACACACCCUGGGCUGCUCAGGGGUGGUGCUGGGGGACUGGGCAUCAUGGGAUUGCCUCCUCUGCCAGCCCCUGGUGAGCCCUGCCCACUUGCUCAAGAAGAGGUGAUUGAAACCAACAGAGCAGGCAGUGACUUGGGUGUCCUGGAGGAAGGAGUAGACCCCCGUCCCAAUGGGGACCCUGCAGCAGCUGCACUGGCCCAUGAGGACUGCCCCGCUAUCGACCAGCCAGCCAUGUCUCCGGAAGACAAGAGCCCUAUCACUCCUGGAAGCCGGGGUCGCUACAGCCGGGACCGAGCCUGUUUCCUUGUCACUGACUAUGCCCCUUCCCCUGAUGGCUCCAUCCGAAAAGGUUACGAGAAGUCCCGCAGCCUGAGCAGCAUUGUGGGCCUGAGCGGGGUGUCCCUCCGCCUCGCGCCCCUCGCCACUCCCCCUGGCUCACCCCGGGCCACGCGCCGAGCUCCCCCGACCCUGCCCUCCAUCCUCUAGUGCUUCCCUCCCCACUGUGGGGGGACUGGGGGUGAUUGGAAGAUCAAAAAGAGCUGGGAGUGGGGGGUAGGGAAAGGGUUCUUUUUAAAAAAAAAAAAAAAGUCACUAAUAAUAUGCAAAAGAGAUGAUGAUGCCAGCAGACACCCCCGGCCUCUUACUCCCCACAUACUAGAGCCCCCAGGAUAGAGGGGGCGGGGCCGGAGCCUGUUCUCCCCCACCUCUCUCCUCUAAAAAAAAAAGAAAAAAAAAAAAGCAAACCUCAGGUCUCCAUGAGCCAUAGAACACCCCUCCCAUUCUCCUGUAAAUAACUAAAGCCAACUCCACCUUGGAGCGCCCGCCUCAGUUUGCAUGCCUCCCGGACCCCUCUUCAGCAAUAAGCCGCCAGGAGCUGCGAGCAGAGAGUUGGAGGGGAGGCCGCUGGGAGCUUCUGGGGUCGGGGCUGGCAUUUUAGGGGUUUCCUGAUCACCCCCCAAAAGGGCGACCCACCCAUCACUAAUCGAUUCAGGAAAACCAAACAAAAAACCCUCUAGGAACAUGUAGGGAAAGGAAAGCAGGUUAAUCAGCCGCAGCCUCGAGGAGCUCAGCUGGGGGAUGGGGGUUCUGCCAGCUGCUCCCGGGCUUGGAGGACUCCAGCUGGUGCAUUCCACCCACGCCCGCCUCCAGGGAUCUGCUGCUCCCUCUAGUCACUGCAUGGACUUAGCCCUCCAGGCCCAGAACCCUCCACCCCACCCUGUCUCCACUCUAUCCCAGAACAUGAGACUAGCACCCUAGACUUCCGGAGAUUGACCCUGGCACCCUGCACUCCCUUCCCCUCGCACGCCGGCGCCCCACACUCCACACCUCCAUCACUCCACCCAUCCACCACUGACCUGGCCUACACCGCAGUGUUUUUCCACCAUCCCAGACCCUCCCCUUGUAUCCCAGCUCACUUUCAGCCUCCAGGACCUGACAGUCCUCGUGGCCCAAACAUUGCCCAGACACAUUCAAGCUCACCCCCACCCCCAGACAGCUCCAACCCCCUGACAUCACACUCCUCAGUCCCAGGCGCCUCUGAUGCAAGACCUUCCUGAAUGGGCUAGGCCUGUCUGAUUCCAGGGAGCUCCCACCCAAUCCAGCAUCUCUGUUUAGGCACCCCCUUCCUCAGAGCCCCUUUCACUGAGAUGGUGCCAAAACACACCGAGUUUCCCAGAGUGUGGGACUCCUGUUCCCUCUUCGUGUGCUGUAGUUUGCAGAGUGCACAAACGACCAAGUAGUUAAAACAUGUAUGCACCAGGCACAAGCGCAUACCUGGCUAGUGCGCCCUGGCACGCAGCAGUUGGGUGUUGACCUUGAAAGCAAGUUAAGGACAGCCAAGCGCACAGCUUGCCUAAUGUGCUAAGGUCCCGGGGUUCAAUCUCCGGCAACCCCUCUUCCCCUAAAACAGCCCCAAAGUGAUCGUAGAAGCUGUGGCCCACGUGGUAGGAAAAGAGGACAUGCCCACCUUGGCUAGGACCUCAGCCUGCCCUUCCCAACGUUCCUUGUCCACCAUGUGCCACGUUCGCGGUGGAAAACUUAAUCAAAUCCCAUCUUGGCUCCAGUAUGCUACCUCCCCCAAGCCCAGAGACCACACUGGUCCCAGAAUCCUGAACUCCCCUUUGGAGCAGGGUGGUCAGCAGAAUUAGCAAUCUCUCCCUUGUUCCCACAGCCUCAGGUUACCCUCCCGCCGCCACCAGAGUGUCGGUGGGAGUGUCCUUGGGCCCAAUUCUUGAUGCAACGAUUCCUAUGCAAGGGGCAUUUUGAGUCCCCCCGCCCCCAGCCUUCCCUUGGGACUUUAAACCCUGGUGAGACAGGGGUUGAGGGGUGGGGUGGGGUGUGGUAGGGGCAGGGUAAAGGGCUAGGGGACUCCAGACAUCAGGGUAUGGGGUGAGGACUCCUAAUAUUGCCAAAGGGUUCAACUUUAAAAAGCCCCUAUUAUCCCGCCCCACCCCACCCCCGUCCCUCAAAAGAGACAAAUGGGGCGGGGAAAGGGGGUAAGAGUCCUUUUUGAAGGAUACCAACCACUUCCCACUGUCUCUCCCUGCUCUCCAGUUUCCCACACGUAUUCAGCUUUUUAGUUAAGCUUAAAAAAAAAAAAAGCUACCAUCAUUAUAAAUGUCUACAAAACGUGAUUUUUGCCCCCUUCAUAUCUCCCAAUUUACCAAAUAGUGUGGGGUUCGGGGAGGGAGGGCCAGGUCCUGGUCUCCCUUUUCCCCACGGCCGCCAGGGUGCCUGCAAUUGCACGCAUGCGCUGCAUGACGCGCCCCACCCCCCCACACAAACACACACGCACACACGCAUGCGUCGCGCACCCCUCCAGCGCUGGUGGGGGGACGCACGGACUUAGGGCUGGGGGCGGGGCGAUGGGGAGGAAUGAUUGGCAGGGGCAAGGGGGUCUUCCUGAGCUCAGCAGCUCCCCUCCUUCCCCACACACUCACAGCAAUAAGUUUCUCUACUUCUAGUGGGCAGACGGGCCUGGCCUGGCCUGGCGCGGGAGGGGCUGGCCAAGGGGCGCUCUCAGGGAUGGGGGCGGGUCCUGAGUCUGGGGGAGGGGAGGUCUGCAACUGGUGCUAACGGCGGGUCUUCCUGGCCCACCCGCAGGCAGGGAGGGAGGGGUCGGCAGGCUCCUCCCCCAAGCCUCCCCACGCCCACCCAGGGUGCAUGAACCACCCAUGCAGAAGCUGCCGCAUGUCAGCCCUCCCCAACAAAGAAACAGUGUCAUGCCCCUCCCCAGCCCAAUAAAUGAUUCCUUUUCAUUUAAAA